CAACACAUUUUUUAGUAGAUAAUAUAGGUGGUUAACUGUUUUCUUUUAACUAUAUGUCACCCCUACUUGUACUAUGUUAAUGUUAUGGAUUGUCACGUUCUUCUCUCUCAUGCAAUAAUGCUAGGUCACGUUAAAGUCGAAGUCUUUGAGGCCAAUAAAAGUAGCUUCAUCUGUCAACAUAAACUUUCCCCAUUAUGUACGAGAAACCUAUCAAAUUGUAGUAUCUUUAGCUCAUCUUUAAUCCAAAUCCUGUUCUCCACUUACCAGACUUCACAUAGAAGCAGAAAGGUAUGGAACUUUGUGGUCCUCACAUAUUCUUUCCCCUCUCUUUCACCUUUAUUUAAGUGUCACUUUAUUCAUCUUCUCAUAUUCUUGUGCUCCUCUCUAGUUUUUCCCAACUAGUUUUUUUUUCCUCCUCAAAAAGAUGGAAACUAGCAAAUGGGAAGAGAAGAGAAGCAUGAUGGAAGAGGAGGAUGACGAGGAAGACGAAGAUGUUGUAGAGGACAACAAAAGGAAGAGGGUCUUGACUCGCUCGGGAAGGAAGGUACCUGGCGGAGAGGGUUCAAAGCUGCCUUCCUGUCAAAUUGAGGACUGCACUGCAGAUAUGGCAAAUGCCAAGACAUACCAUCGCCGCCACAAGGUCUGUGAAUUUCAUGCAAAGGCUCCGGCAGUACUUAUUGGCGGACUCCGACAGCGUUUCUGUCAGCAAUGCAGCAGGUUUCAUCAGUUGGGGGAGUUCGAUGAAGCAAAAAGAAGUUGCAGGAGACGUUUGGCAGGCCACAACGAACGCCGUCGUAAAAGUUCAUGUGAUUCUCCUGGAGAAGGGUCAAGUUAAAGGGGCAUCAGUCCAAUGGCAGUAAAACCACCUACUUGUGGACUGAUGGAAAGAUAAACUCCCACCAAAAAAUAUAAUCACGGUUUACCAUGCUCGCUCUCUUCUGUCACUAGCCUUUUUAACAAAAAUUAUCAUGUAAGGUAUGCAUUGAGUAGUAAUUCCAUUUCGCUUGAAAGGAAAGGAGUAUGAAAGUGUGUGUCAUUAACUUUGUCUGUUAGUACUUCGAUAGUACGUAGACUGAAAAUAUAAUUAUGCUGUGUUACA